UGUCACAACCUCCUACGAUAACUCAGCAGUCUCCAAAAGAUUACAUUGUUGACCCUCGAGAGAAUAUCGUAAUACAGUGUGAAGCAAAAGGAAAACCACCUCCUAGCUUCUCCUGGACACGCAAUGGAACUCAUUUUGAUAUAGAUAAAGAUGCACAGGUAACAAUGAAACCAAAUUCAGGGACCCUUGUCAUAAAUAUUAUGAAUGGUGGGAAGGCAGAAGCAUAUGAAGGAGUAUACCAGUGUACAGCAAGGAAUGAACGAGGAGCAGCCAUUUCCAACAAUAUUGUAAUAAGACCCUCUAGAUCCCCUUUGUGGACAAAAGAAAAACUAGAACCAAAUCAGGUUCGAGAAGGUGAUUCAUUAGUACUACACUGCAGACCUCCUGUUGGCUUACCACCACCUAUAAUAUUUUGGAUGGAUAAUGCUUUCCAAAGGCUGCCUCAAAGUGAAAGAGUUUCCCAAGGUCUAAAUGGAGACCUUUAUUUUUCUAAUGUGCAACCAGAAGACACUCGGGAGGACUAUAUCUGCUAUGCAAGAUUUAAUCAUACACAAACUAUACAGCAGAAACAACCCAUUUCUGUAAAAGUCUUUUCAACGAGGCCAGUUACAGAGAGGCAGCCGGUUCUGCUAACACCAACAGGUAGCACAAGUACCAAAGUGGAACUCAGAGGAAAUGUGCUUUUGUUGGAGUGCAUUGCAGCCGGAUUACCCACACCAGUAAUCCGCUGGAUUAAAGAGGGUGGGGAACUGCCAGCCAACAGAACGUUUUUUGAAAACUUUAAGAAAACUCUCAAGAUUAUAGAUGUUUCAGAAGCUGACUCUGGGAACUACAAAUGUAUAGCAAGGAAUAUAUUAGGUUCUGCUCAUCAUGUCAUUUCAGUAACUGUGAAAGCUGCCCCAUACUGGAUAACAGCACCCAGAAACUUGGUCUUGUCUCCUGGAGAAGAUGGGACAUUGAUCUGCAGAGCUAAUGGCAACCCCAAGCCUAGUAUAAGCUGGUUGGCAAAUGGUGUUCCCAUAGCAAUUGCCCCAGAAGAUCCUAGCAGAAGGGUGGAUGGUGAUACCAUAAUUUUCUCACAUGUGCAAGAGAGGUCAAGUGCUGUGUAUCAGUGCAAUGCUUCUAAUGAAUAUGGAUACUUGCUAGCAAAUGCAUUUGUGAAUGUUCUGGCUGAGCCACCAAGAAUUCUAACUCCUGCUAAUAAACUGUAUCAAGUCAUCGCAGAUAGUCCUGCAUUGCUAGACUGUGCUUAUUUUGGUUCACCUAAGCCUGAAAUUGAAUGGUUUAAGGGAGUGAAAGGUAGCAUCUUGCGUGGAAGUGAAUACAUUUUCCAUGAUAAUGGAACUUUGGAAAUUCCGGUGGCUCAGAAGGAUAGUACUGGUACAUACACAUGUGUAGCGAGGAAUAAAUUAGGAAAGAUACAAAAUGACGUGCAAUUGGAAAUUAAAGAUCCAACAGUGAUAAUUAAACAGCCAGAAUACAAAGUGAUUCAGAGAUAUGGCCAAGUUUCAUUUGAGUGUAUAAUAAAGCAUGAUUCUACCUUAUUACCAACUGUUAUAUGGUUGAAGGACAAUGAUGAGCUGCCAGAUGAUGAAAGGUUUCUAGUUGGUAAAGACAACUUGACCAUUAUGAAUGUAACUGAUAAAGAUGAUGGAACAUACACUUGCAUAGUUAAUACUACUCUGGACAGUGUUUCAGCAAGUGCUGUGCUCACUGUUGUUGCUGCUCCCCCAACUCCAGCUAUCAUUUACGCUCGGCCAAAUCCACCCUUUGACUUGGAAUUGACAGGUCAGCUAGAAAGAAGCGUUGAACUCUCAUGGAUACCAGGAGAUGAAAAUAACAGUCCUAUUACAAGUAUGUUUGGUUUUAUCUGUUGCACUAUGUUAACAGCAUUAUAUUAA